AUGGCUUCGUCGAAGCUUCUCGCCCUCGGGAUCCUCCUGCUCGUCGUCGUCAACCUCGCGACUUUCGCCGUCGCCGACGACGACGACGACGACGACCGUCCGAAGCGCGAUCGCAAGCGGGACGGCUCCGGCAACCGCGACCAGGAUCGCGACAGGGACCGCGAUCGCGACGGCUCCUGCAGCAAGUCCGGCGGCUGCGCCGGCAGCGGCUCCGGCGGAAGACAGAAUACUGGCGCCGGCCGGCAGGGCGGCGGCGGCGCGGGCGGGCGCGGGGGCGGAGCGGGACGAACGGGGAGCGGCGCUGGCGCUGGUGCGGGUGCGGGUCGUAGCGGGCGGCUGGGCGGCAGCAACAGCGCGGGGAAGGUGCGGCAGGGCAAGAAGGGCAGCGGAAACUGCAGCGGCGGGUCUGGCUCGUGCAACGGCGGAGGCGGAGGCGGAGGGUCGGGGAGAAACGCGGCGGCAGCGAGCAUUCAGAGCGCGGGGUACGUGGUGGCGGAUAACCGGGAGAGGGAUCGCAAGAGGGAUGGAUCGUACCCGAGGGUGGAGGAGGACCUAUGGCAUGCGUACAACCUCAUUCCUCGUCCUUCUAUCCUUAACCCCCUUUCUGUCCUCCCCUCCCCCUUUCCCCCCUCCCUCCCCCCCCCAACCCCUCCCUCAAUCCAGAUCGUACCUGAAGUGGAGGAGGACCUAUGGCAUGCGUACAACCUCAUUGCUCCGCAUGACCAUGUGCAGAGCACCACGUUCAGGUUCGUGCUCAGGUGGAUGCUCAGGAAGGUGCAGAAGGAGACGGGAGGGGGCGGCAGUGAGUCGGAGAGGAUCAAGCUGAGGCUGGAAGUGACAGUGGAGGAAGUCGAUUUCGACGCAUCGGCACACGUCAUUCGAGUUCGCGGCAAAAACAUUACUGAGAAUGAGCAUGUGAAGCUAGGGUCAUACCACACACUGGAGCUGGAUCUGCAGCGGGCCUUCACACUCACCAAGGACGUGCGGGACUCAGUGGCUAUAGACCGACUCAAGGAGGCAUGGGGUGAGAGGCAUGUGGUGAGUGAGUGGAGCACAGAGGGGGUGCAUGGGGGCAUGUGGUCUGAGACCGACUCAAGGAGGCAUGUGGUGAGUGAGUGGAGUACAGAGGGGGUGCAUGGGGGCAUGUGGUCUGAGACCGACUCAAGGAGGCAUGUGGUGAGUGAGUGGAGCACAGAGGGGGUGCAUGGGGGCAUGUGGUCUGAGAUGAGGCGGCGCUAUGUGGAUCUAGUGGAGUCGGUGAGGUCGAAGGCGGCCAAGUGCACGUCUUCUCUUCCCUGCACGUGUCUGGUGAGCUUACAGCUGGUGAAUCUUGCUGGGAUCGCUGCAAUUCUGCGCUUCCCACUGCCAGAAUUGGACGACAUGGAGCCCUAG